AUGUCGGACGCCGCCCUCGUGCAGCUCCUCGACAUGGGCAUUCCCCUCGGAAGGGCGAGGGCCGCGCUCAAACGCACCAAGGGCGAUAGCAUGAGUGCUGCUGAACGAGUGUUCGCAGGAGAGUUUGACGAGAUACCAUCUGACGACGAGGGAGAUGCGGAAGCGAAUGCCUCGGGUUCCGCUCAGAAGAUCACUGAGCAAGUCAAACAGGUCGUCACAAUAAGCGACUCGGACGAGGACAUGGUGGAAGACGAUGAAGAUGCCGAGAUCUCUUAUGGCGAGGAAGAUGACGACGGCUAUGAUGAUAUGGACGAUGGGUUUGGAUAUGAUGGUAUGUCGGACGACGAGCCGCAUGCUUCGGACCCUUAUGCCGGCAUCUUCUUCUCAAAGGACCGAGUAGAAGAGGUUAUCGAACCGAUUGACGACGACGAGUUCAAGACUGUCCCUACGCCGAGCGGAAACACCAAGAUCAAGAUUCUGGGGCGAGGAGCGUGGAUGAGUGGCUGUCCUGAAGGAGGCGAACAGAGCUUCCUCUUUCAGCUGUAUAACACUCUAGAAGAAGGCCAAAUGGCAUGUUCCAACAAUUGUGGCCAUUCCUUCACCCGGAAGAAUCAAGACUUUUUCGGUCUCUUCCCAACUUUCCCAAAAUACACCGAAUACCUCGCCAACAUCAUCCGUCCCAAAUGCCCCAAAUGUGCCCAAAUCACCUGCCUCGCAUGCGCCGAGCGAGUCAACCGUCCAUCUGCCCUUCGAUCCCACUCUCUCGACUCUGUCAAAGGCAAAGGCCGAUCUUCCGCCACCCCUUCUACUACCGCUGAGAGCUUUGCCCCGGCCGAGUCUCUUUUCCACUGUGCCAACCUGCAAGGUGCCGUCCUCGGCAUCGGCCUGCACAUGAUUGACCAAAACUUUACAACUGGAAAAGACCAAACUCGGAAAGCCGCUCUAGCCGGUGGGAAGGUGACUCCGCCUACCAAGAAGAGAAAGACUGGUAGCGCAGGGGAAGAUGCCGAUGCUGCGGACACGACUUUUCAGCUUCUUGGGAAGGGCAAGUCGGCUGUGAAAGGGACUGGAUAUGCUGGAGAACUUGCAGAAGACAGGACGGGGCAGAUUGCAGCUGAAAAGGCUCAAGCCGCCGCCGACGCUCUUGUCGCUUCUCUCCUGCAACAAGUAUCCGUCUUUCUUCCGAACCCUAAUCGAGCAGGUGGCGGUCUUACAUCAGACCAUCACGUCCACCCAACUGUACUCGCCCACCUCCGACGCCGGAGCACGUUUGUGAACGACCUGCUUCGUAAUGACUCUCUCCUCGAUAUGAGCAAGCGCGGCGAUCUUUACCGCGCCCUCUUCGACUGGCUCGAGAUUGUCAGCGAUAACGAAAGUCUGUCGAGUAUGCUCGGUAUGCCCUCCAUGCGGCCCGCUCGAUCAGUCCAAACGCCCAAUGACCCCACUUCUUCAACAAUCACCUACGAAGGCGCGCCUUCACCUCGGGAACUGCUAGAGAAUGUUGUGAUUCAGGCGCAAGCGGCUUUGAGGGGUUUGCAGGGUGUUCAGUCGGCGGAUGAAGAGGAGAAGGAUAGGAAGUUGACGGAGGAAGAGUUGAGGGCGAGUAAGGCGGAGGUGGAUAGGUUGGCGCAGAAGAAGGUGGAGCAGGAGAAGAAUGAUGAGAACAGUGUGCUCAAGGCUUUCUGUUUGCGGAUCGUCAAGAGCGCGGAAACGAUCGACAAGCGGCUGGUUGAUACCAAGGGCAAAGCGUUUGUAGAACGGAUGAAGGCGCAAUUGCCGAGGAUCGAAGAAGGCGGCAACGUCGAGGAAGCUGUCGCAGCGGAGGAUGAAACGGACGAAAACAUCAUCAAGAUCUACGAGGAAUGGGCCACAAAAGCAAGAUUCCAGUACAUCGACCUCAGCACCGGCAGCACUACCGUCGGGGCACCGGCUUUCAAACAUGCGUAUAGCGCAUCCGCCUCCGGCAUUGAAAACAACAGCGCCCCCAAACGGUCUCUUGCUAUCGCCAAAGAGCUGGCCAUCCUCACGACCAACCUUCCCGUCGCUUACCAUUCCACCAUCUUUCUGCGCGUGGACGAAACCCGGGUCGAUGUGCUCAAAGCCAUGAUCACUGGUCCCGAGGGGACACCAUACGAAAACGGGUGUUAUCUCUUUGACAUCUUCUUGCCACUAGAGUACAACGUGAAAAGUCCGAUGGUCAAGUAUAUGACGACGAAUGGAGGUAGAUUUAGGUAUAACCCGAAUUUGUACUCGGAUGGCAAAGUCUGUCUGAGUUUACUCGGUACUUGGGCGGGUCCAGGAUGGAUUGCCGGUCAAUCGACCCUUCUUCAAGUUCUCAUCUCGAUACAAAGUCUGAUUCUCUGCGACGAACCGUAUUGCAACGAGCCUGGCUGGGCGAAUGAUGGUGGUAGUCCGCAAAGCAAAGCUUACAAUGCAAAUGUGAGACGGAUGGUCCUUCUUGAUGCCAUGGCCAACAAUAUGAAAAAACCUCCUCAUCCUUUCGAGAAUGAAAUCAAGACUCAUUUCAGACUGAAAGCCAAGACUAUCCGUCAACAAAUUGGAAAAUGGAGAGCGCUGGACGACAAGCAAGAAAUCCUCGGCGACAACUGGCGCGACAAGAACGACCCUGAAAACACCAACCCCGAAUCCAAACGAGGCUUUGCGCACUGUGCUAGGGAAGUCUUGAGGCUGUUGGAUGAGCUUGAAGGGAAGCCCCCCGGAGAAUACGCGGUCGAACCUAGUGGGGAAGGGAGUGGUGGGAAGGCGGGCGGGGCGAAAGAGAAGAAGGAGAAGAAGACGGUGUCAAAGCUGAAAGCUGCUAUAGGGAAGAGCAAAUAG